CGCUUUCUGAGACUCACCGUGUUUGAUUUCACCAUAGCAACAAAGGGGCGGAAGUAAAAAUCGUCUUUAGACCUGUUAAUUUUAAUAAAUAUUUAUCCAUUUUAUUCAUCAUGAGCGCAAAUAACAAGACUUUACCUAUACAACAAAGUCCGCGCCAGCCCAAGAAUACAGAAGCACGUCGCGGGCCAAGGCCAGCAGAAGUCCCAGUGCUGCAGUUAGAUACGCUACAAGACGCAUUGAACGAGUAUCUUGCCAUCAUUCCCAAGGAUGCUGCUGUCUCAAGAGAUGUAUCAGCUUUUAGCUGGGGCUCUCCUGCCCUCACAAACUCAAAUCAGUGUUUUGAGACCAAUAUAAAAGAAAAGAAUCUGGUGGAUCAUGGAGAAUCACUACAGCUGAGCAGCAGGGUCCCGACACAGAGAAGUCCACUGUACACCCAUAAAUCAAACACAGAUCCACCCGACUUGACCUCUGAAACCCCAGCACAACCCAGCUAUAACCCGUCCAACACUGUACGACCCAACAAGAAGAUGAGGGAUGCAGAGGGGCUUACGGAGGAGAGGAAACUACAGGCAGUAAUAGAGCAGGUUAUGGUGGAUCAGCUGUCGAGGUCAAUCUCGCUCUCUCUCUCUCUCUCUCUCUCUCUCUCUCUCUCUCUGUCUGUAUCUUUGGUGAGUAAUAACAUGGUGAGAGUUGUUCAAUGCUCACGCAGGGCUGUCAUUAGCGAUCCGGAACAGAAUGCUGUGUCUGUCAGUCCCACGAGCGUCCCACCACGCUACACGAGAACUCUUCACCACACUAAAGUAAAAACCCAGACAUCUUUAACAGAGAACCUCCUGUCCAACAAGGUCCGCUUUAACGCCAGGAUUUUAUCAAGGUGUGGACGUGAAGCGUGUCGAGAGCUGAUCGGUUUCUUCUUCACCUGUGACCAAACGCUGACAGUGUACGAGUACAGAAAUUUCGGUAAAAACAGAUGGAACGCUCUGCCCUUUAUCGCUCGUGGGGUGUAUCAGAACAGAGGGAGACCGUACAGCCUGCAGGACAUCUCGCAGGGUGCCGAGCUUCACUUCUGUACAGACGGCCCACACCUCCCCCACAGCCUGAGACAGCAGCCACGCAUAUCUCUCAAAGUUACUGAUGUGGAUGAGACGGCCAAGAGAGCCCUGCUAUUCCAGUAUGGGGAAAGCCUGUUUCAUCUCUCUGAAGAGGAAAUCAAUGAAAGAAACACCCUGAAGGCAAUUCAAGAUGUGGUGCGUGAUAGGCUGAGGGGACGUGCGGUCCAAACCUUGAUCCACCUAGGGAGACAUCUGCAGAACUUGGAUUCAAAGGCAGAUAGUGUUCUACAAAAAGAGCUUCUCAGAAAAUCACUCAUGGACCGUCUGUGUCUCACUCAACAGGACUUCGAGGCGGUGUGGAGGAUUGUGAGUCGGUGUGCUGAGGGGCGGGUGCACCCCGCCGAUGUGAUGCGUGCCGUUACCGGGGAGAUGAGCGAGAACAGAAAGGCCUUGUUCCUGAAGGUUUAUGUAAAGCUUGACCCAAAUAAAACUGGCUGCAUAUCCAUGAGUGAUGUUGAAAAAUUCUAUAGAGGCAAACAAGACUCGUACACAACACACGAAGUGGAUCCAAACGCUGACUUCUGGGCCUUCAUAAAGCAAGCAGGAGAGGUCAACAAAAGCGUGUCCUAUGCAGAGUUUGAGGACUAUUAUGACGGUCUGAGUAUUGAAAUCCCUGAUGAUGAAGAAUACAUCAAUAAUCUGAGAUCUAUGUGGGGUAUCUGAGAGUGUGUUACAUUCAUAUCCCAGUCUAGUUUAUCGAUUUUGAACGACAAGUACAAUUUUAAAUACAAGUAACAUGCUAUGAUUUACUGUACUGUACAUACUGCAACAAUGUAACAUCUGUAUAUAGGAAGCUAGUGAACUUUAUAUGAAAACUAUUUAAUAGUAUAUAGAUUAUUUAAAAUACCGUUUUGACUGUCACGUGCUAACUUAAUGUAUUAAUUUAUGUUUUUGUGUGCAGAUAUGCAUAAGUAUGUUAUGAAGAUUUACUUGAAGUCUGGGAUAUCAUUUGAUUUGUUGCUAGUUCAGAAUGCAGCUGCCAGAGUUCUAACCAGGUCCAGAAAAUACCAUCACAUAACCCCAAUGUUAUCAACCCUUCACUGGUUACCCAUUAAGUAUCGUAUUGACUUUAAAGUUCUUUUAAUCACUUAUAAAGCCUUAAACGGUUUAGCCCUUACCUACUUAACAGAGCUUCUAUCACAUUACAACCCAUCACGCUCUCUAAGAUCUCAAAACUCCAGACUUUUGAUAACACCUAGAAUAACUAAAUCCACCGAAGGGGGCGGAGCUUUCUCAUACGUAGCACCUAAACUCUGGAAUAGCCUUCCCGAUACUAUUCCAGGGUCAGACACACUCCCAAUUUAAAUCUAGAUUAAAGACACAUCUUUUCAGCCAAGCUUUCACUUAAUGCAAAAUAUGCUAAAUAAACCACCGGGAGACUGCAUUUAUUAGAUAUUAUUUACUAUAAUAAUCUUGCUUGUUCUAUAAACACCAUGCACUGUGCUGUGUUUUACCUUUUUUGUGUUUUUCAGUUUUUCUUAUUUUCUCCUGUAAAGCUGCUUUGGAACAAUGCACAUUAUGAAAAGCGCUAUAUAGAUAAAAUUGAAUUGAAUUGCUUUUAUUGAGUUACAACAGCAUUUGUACAUAUUAACACCUCAAUGAAAGGCGAUGCAAAAAUGAAAAUUCACAGAUGAAUUAUGUGUCCAAUAUGGACAUAAAUGUAUGCAUGGCAUUAAAAAGGUUAUUUGUGUCU